AUGUUGUGGGGGGUUGGGUGGGUUGGUGGGGGGGUGGGGUGUGGGGGGGGGGUGGUUUGGUGGGGGUGGUUGGGUUUUGGGGUGGGGGGGUUGGGUGUGGUUUUGUGUGGUUGUGUGGUUUUGGGUGUGGUGGGUUUUUGGGUUUUGGUGUGGGUGUUGGGUGGGGGUGUUUGGGUGUGUGGUGGUGGGUGUUGUGGGUUUUUGGUUUGUGGUUAUUGGGGGUUGUUGGUUUGGUGUGGGGGGGGUUUGGGUUUUGGGGGGGGGGUGGGUGUUGUUGUUGUGGGUUUGUUUGUGGUUGUGGGGUGGGUGUGGUGGUGUGGUUGGGGGUGUGUGGGGGGGGGGGUGUUGGGGGGGGGGUGGUGUGGGGGGGUGGUGGGGUGGUUGUUGGGUUUUGGGUGGGUGGGGGGGGGGGGGUGUUGUUUUUUGGGUGGUGUGUUGUGGUGUGGGUUUUGGUUGUUGUUUUGUGGUUUGGGGGGGGUGGGUGGUGGUGGGGUGGGUGGGGUGGGGGUGUGGUGGGGGUGGUGGUUUGGUGUGGGGGGGGGGUGGGGGGGGUGUGUGGGUGGGGGGGGGGGUGGGUUGGGGGGUUUUGGGGGGGUGGGUGUUGUGGGGGGGUGGGGGGGGGGUGGGGUGGGGGGGUGUGUUGUGAGGUGUGUGGUGUUUGGUUGGUGGUUGGGUGGGUGGGUGUUUGUGUGUGGUGGGGUGGUUAGGUUUUGGUUUUUUGGGUGUGGGGGGGGGUUGGUUUUGGUGGGGGUAUGGUGUGUGGUUGGGUUUUUUUGUGGUGUGUGGAGUAGUUGGGGGGUUGGGGUGUUUUGGUGGGGGGUUUGGUGGUGGUUUAGUGUGGUUGUGUGGUGGGGUUUGAUUUUUAUGGUUUUUGGAUUGAGUUUGUUUGGGGUUUGUUGUAUGAUGGUGUUUUUGGUUUUUGGGGUUUGGGGUAGUUUGGGGGUGGGUGUGGGGUGGGGGGGUGGUGGGGUUGGUGUGGGGGGGGGGGUUGGGGGUGGGUGUGUGGUGGUGGGUGGUGGUUGGUUGGUGUUGUUUGGGUUGGGGGGGUGGUGGGGGGGGGGGGGGGGGGGGGUGGUGGGGUGGUGGGGUGGGGGGGGGGGGGGGUGUGGGGGGGGUGGUGGGGGGGGUGGGGGGGGGGUGGGGUGUGGGGGGGUGGUUUGGGGGUGUUGGGUUUGGGUGUGUGGGGGUGGGUUUGGGUGGGUGUGUGGGGGUGGGGUGUUGGGGGUGGGGUUGUGGGGUGGGGGUGUGGGGUGGGGUGUGUUGGGGUGGGGUUUGUGGGGUGGGGGUGUGUGGGGGGUGGGUUUUGGUGGGGGUGGGGGUGUGGGUGGGGGUGGGGUGUGUGGGGGGUGGGGUGUGUGGGUGGGGUUUGGGGUGGGGGGUUGGUGUUUGGGGGUGGGGGUUGUGGGGGAGGGUUGUUUGGGGUGGGGAGUGUGGGGGGGUGGGUGUGGGGGUUGGGGGUGGGGGUUUUUGGUGGUUUGGUUGGGUGGUGGGGGUUUGUGGGGGUGUGGGUGUGGUGGGGGGUGGGGUUUGGGUGGGGUGGGGUUGUGGGGUGGGGGUGUGUGGGGGUGGGGUGUGUGGGGGUGGGGUGUGGUGGGUUGGGGGUGUGUGGGGGUGGGUUGUGUGGGGUGGGGGGGUUGUGGGGGUGGGGUGUGGGGUGGGGGUGGGUGUUGGGGGUGGGGUGUGUGGGGGUGGGGUUGGUGGGGUGUGGGGUGUGUGGGGUGGGGUUUGUGGGUGUGGGGUGUGUGGGGGUGGGGUUGUGGGGUUGGGUGUGUGGGGUGGGGUGUUGGGGUGGGGUGUGUGGGGGUGGGGUGUUGGGGGUGGGGUUGUGGGUGGGGUGUGUGGUGGGUUUGUGGGUGGUGUGGUGGGGUGGGGUGUGUGGUGGGGUGUUGGGUGGGUGUGUGUGGGGGGGGGGGUGUGGGUGUGGUGGGUGUGGGGUUGUGGGGGUGGGGGUUGUGGGGGUGUGUUUGUGGGGUGGGGUGUGUGGGGGUGGGGGGUGUGUGGGUGGGUUGUGGGGGGGGGUUUUUUUGGGGGGGGGGGGGGGGGUUGGGGGUGUGGGGGGUGGGGGUGUGGGGGUGGGGGUUUGGGGUGGGUGUGUGGGGGUGGGGGUUGUGGGGUGGGUUUUGGGGGUGGGGUGUGUGGGGGGUGUGGUGUGUGGGUGUGGGGGUGUGGUGGGGGUGGGGUUGUGGUGGGUGUGUGGGGGUUGGGGGUGUGUGGGGUGGGGUUGUGGGGGUGGGUGUGGUGGGGGUGGGUUGUGUGGGGGUGGUGUGUGGGGGUGGUGUGUGUGGGGUGGGGUGUGGUGGUGGGUUGUUGGUGGUGGUGUGUUGUGGGGUGGGGUGUGUGGGGUGGGUUUGUGGGUGGUUUGUGGGGUGGGUUUGUGGGGUGGGGUUGUGGGUGGGGUGUGUGGGGGUGGGGUGUGUGGGGGUUUGUGGUGUGUGGGUGUGUUGUGGGGUGGGGUGUGUGGGGGUGGGGGUGUGUGUGGUGGGGGUGUUUGGGUGGGGGGUGUUUGGGGGUGGGGUGUUGGGGUGGGGUGUGGUGGGGGGUGGGGUUGGUGGGUGUGGUGGGUUUUGGUGGGUUGUGGUGGUUGUGGGGGGUGGGGGGGUGUGGGGGGUGUGUGGUGGUUGGGUGGGGUUUGGGUUGUGUGUGGGUGGGUGGGGUGUUAGGUGGGUGUGUGUGUGGGGUGGGGUGUGUGGGGGUGGGGUGUGUGUGGUGGGGUUGUGGUGGGGGUGGGGUUGGUGGGGGUGGUUGUGUGGGGGUGUGGUUGUGUGGGUGUGUGUGGUGGGGGGGGGUGUUUUUUGUGUUGUUGUGUGUGGGGUGUGUUGGGGGUGGGUUGGUGGUGGGUUGUGGGGGUGGGGGGGGGGGGGGGGGGGGUGGUGGGGGGGGGGGGUGGGGGGGGUGGUGGGGGGGGGGUGGGGGUUGGUGGGGGGGGGGGGGUUGUGGGGGGUGGGUUGGGGGUUGGUUGGUUGGGUGUUGGGUGUGUUGUGGGGGUUGUGGGGGUGGGGGUUGUGUGGGUGGGGUGGGGUUGGGGGGGGUGUGGUGGUGUGUUGUUGGGGUUUGGGGGGUGUUGGGUGUGUGGUGGGGGGGUGGGUGUGGGGGUGGGUGGUGGUUGGUGUGUGUGGUGGUGGGGGGGGGUGGGGGGGUGUGGGUGUGGGGUGGGGGGGUGGGGGGGUGGGGGUUGUGGGUGGGGUGGGUGUGUGGGUGGGGUGGGGGGGGGGGGGGUGGGGGGGUGGGGGGGUGGUUGGGGGUGGGGUGGUUGGUGGGGGGGGGGGGGUUGGGGGGUUUUGGGUGGGGUGGUGGGGGGGUGGGGGGGGUGGGUGGGGGUGGGGUGGGUGUUGGGGGGGGUGGUUGUGGGGGGUGUUGGUUUUGUGGUGUGGUGUGUGUUGUGUGGGGGGGUGGGUGGGGGGGUGUGGUUUGGUUGUGUGGGGUGGGGUUUGGGUGGUUGGGGGGGGUGGGGGGUGUGGGUGGGUGUGUGGGGGGGGUGGUUGGGGGUGGGGGGGUGUGUGUUGUGUGGGGUGUGGUGGGUGGGGGGGGGUGGUGUGGGGGUGUUUGGUGGGGUGUUUGGUUUGUUUUUGUGGUUGUUUGGGGUUGGGUGUGGGGGGGGGGUGGGGGGGGUGGGGGGUGGGGGGGGUUGGGGUGUGGGGGGGUGGGGGUUUGGGGGGGGUGGGUUGUUGGUGGUGGUGGUGGGGGGGGGGGGGGGGGGGGGGUGGGUGGUGGGGGGGGGGUUGUGGGGGGGUGGGGGGGUGGGGGGGGGGGGGGGGGGUGGGUGGGGGUUUGUGGUGUGUUGUUGGUGGGGUGGGUGGUGUGUGGUGGUGGGGGGGGGGGGGGGGGGGGUGUUGUUGUGGGGGGGUGGUGUGUUGGGUGGGGUGUGGGGGUGGUGUUGUGGUGGGUUGGUGGGGGGUGGGGGGGGGGGGGUGGUGGGUGUGUGUGGUGGGGGUGGGGGGGGGGGUGGGGGGGUUGGGGUGGGUGGGGGGGGGUGGGGGGGUGGGGGUGGGGUUGGUGGUGUGGUGUGUUGUGGGGGGGGUUGGGGGGGGUGGGGGGGUUGGGGGGGGUGUUUGGGGGGGGGUGGUUGUGGGGGAGGGGGUGUUGUGGGUGGGUGGGGUGGGGGGGUGGGUGGGGGGGGUUGUGUGGUGGUGUGGGUUUGGGUGGGGGGGGGUUUGGGGUUGGGGUGGUGGGGUGUUGGUUGUUGGGGUUGGGGGGGUGUGGUUGGGUGGGGGGUUUUGUGGUGGUGUGGGUGGUGGUGGUUGGGUUGGUGGGGUGGGGGGGGGGGGUUGGGGGGUGGGGGGUGGGGGUUGGGGGUGGGGGGGGGGGGGGUGGGGUGGGUUGGGUUUUUGGGGUUUGGUAGUGGGGGGGGUGGGGGGGGGGGGGGGGGUGGGUUGUUGGGGGGGUUGUGUGUGGGGGGGUUGUUGGGGGUGGUGGUUGGGUGGGGGUGGUUGUGUGGGGUUGGUUUGGGGUGUGUGUGGUGGUUGGGGGGGUUGGUGGGGGUGUGGGUUUGGGGGGGUGGGGUGGGUGGGGUGGUGGGGGGUGGUGGGUGGGGGUGGGGGGUGGUGGGGGGGGGGGGGGUGGGGGUUGGGGUUGUGGGGGUGGGGGGUGUGGGGGGGUGGGGGUGUGUGUGUUUGUUGUGUGUGGGUUUGGGUGUGGUUGGGUGUGGUGUGGUGUUGGGUUUUGGGUGUGGUGUUGGGGUUGUGGGUGUGUGGUGGUUGUGUUGGUGGUUGGGUUUGUGGGUGUGGUUUGGGGUUUGGGUGUGGUGUUGGUUGUGGGUUGUGUUGGUUGUGGGUGUGUGUUGGGUUUGUUGUGUUUGGGGUUUGUGGUUUGGUGUUUGGGUUGUGUUGUGUGGGUGUUGUGGGUGUGGUUUUGGGGGUUUGUGGGUGGUUUUUGGGUUGUGGGUGUGGUGUUGGGUUGUGGUGUGUUGUUGGGUUGUGGUGUGUGUUGGGUUGUGGGUUGGUGUUGGGUUGGGUGUGGUGUUGGGUUGUGUUUGUGUUGUAUGGUGUAGUGUGUUGUUUUUUGGGUUGUGUGUUGGUGUGGGUUGUGUGUGUGUGUGGUUGGGUUGUGUGUGUUUGUUGUUGUUGUGGGUUGGUUAGUUGUGUGUUGUAUGUUGGGGUUGUGUUUGUGUUGUUGGUUUUUGGGUUGGAAGAGUGA